AUGUGUUCUCAAGUGUCAGAGUUAAGAAAACUACGCCGUGAGUACUGGGCUAUGGUAUUUAACCCAAUUAAGGAUGCAAUCUGGGGUACUGCUCUUCACGUCGCAACUUUACGUCGCAACAGUUACGCAGUUGAAAAAUUACUAAAAGCAGGUGCAGAAGUUAAUGAAUUUUGUACUGCAGCGAAUUGUACGGCUCUUUAUAAUGCGAUAAGUGGAUCAAGAUUUUACAAACCUGAGAUCGUUGAGCUGCUGAUUAAUUUUGGGGUUAACAUUAACCACCCAAUAAAAGUGUCAAACGAUGGCCGGCAACUGACGGCAAUGCAGGUGGCUAUCCAUGACAAAAACAGUGAAGUUGUCAAGUCACUGCUUUCUUUUGGCGCGUCGAUUAAUCGCGUUAAUCAAAAUAGCCAAAUAACUCCACUAGAGUUGGCAAUACAAGUGGGCGCCAUUAAGACCGUGAAAGUGAUUAAAGAACACAUUGUUAAAUUUUAUGAAGCUGAUUUGUAUGUAUGUGACAGUAAUAUUGCGGCAGUGAGGGAAGAUGGACAAUUUGAUGAGCUAAGAAGUCAGUGCUAUUACGAAGUCGAGUGUAUGAGACGAAUGGGAAUUAGUGAGGAUGUUAAUAGCACUUAUUAUGACAUUCUGUUCAACUCUGUAGAUGAAACUGAAAGUGAUUUAUUGAAGUUGAACAUUUCUAAUGUGCCCUCUGUGAUCGAGAGUUUCAGAAUGUUUAGGGAAUAUUGCGAUAUAUUGACUUGUAAAUUUAAUAAGCUGACAAAUAGAACCAGGAGGUUCAAAUACGAUCACUAA